GGCGAUUAGGGUUUUAGGGUUGACAGGCGUUCGUAUUUUUCAGCCGCGUACCCCUCUAUUCCCUUGCUUCACUACCCUAGCAAUGAUUUCCGAAACCACUGAAAGCUUCAGCCAGUCGCUCUGAUCUCUCUCAGAUUAUUCUUACCUCAAUCGAUCUUCUACGAUCACUGUCUGAUCCUGAAUCUUCAAUCAAUCUGGACGCUUUGCGAGCGUGUUUUUGUCCAGAAAAUUUGGGAGGAAGAGGAGAAAAAUGGACGAAGGAAACGGAGGGAGAGAAGGGCCGAUUUUCAGGGACAUAAGACGAUAUUUCUGUGAAUAUUGUGGCAUUUGCAGGUCCAAGAAAGCUCUGAUUGCCUCUCACAUCCUCUCACACCACAAUGACGAGGUCAAUGAGGAAAGAGUUGAUGGAGAAGAAAAAACAGAGGGGGUAAAGUCCUAUACUUGUGAAGAAUGUGGUGCUAGUUUUAAAAAGCCGGCUUAUUUGAGCCAACAUAUGCAAAGCCAUUCACUUGAGAGGCCAUUUACUUGCCCGAUAGAUGGUUGCCAGUCUAGCUACCGAAGGAAAGACCACUUGGCUCGUCACCUUCGUCAGCACGAAGGAAAACUCUUUGAGUGCCCUUUUGAGAAUUGCAACCGUUCAUUUGCCUUUGAGGGAAACAUCAAGAGGCAUGUAAAGGAAUUUCAUAAUGAGGAAUCAUCGAGUGAUAUAGAAGGUCCAAAGCAGUAUGUCUGCCAGGAAGAUGGGUGUGGGAAGGUUUUCAAAUUUGCAUCAAAGUUGCAGAAACAUGAAGACUCUCAUGUUAAAUUGGACUCUGUGGAGGCAAUCUGCUGUGAACCAGGUUGUAUGAAACAUUUCUCCAAUAGUCAAUGCCUGAAGGACCAUAUUUUGUCGUGCCAUCAAUAUAUUACCUGUGAGAAAUGUGGGGCCAAGCAGCUGAAGAAGAACAUCAAGCGGCACCUACGCACACAUGAAGAAAGAGGUUCCCUGGAGAAACAUAAAUGUAGUUUUGUUGGCUGUCUCCGCACAUAUUCAACAAAAUCAAAUCUCAAUCAGCAUGUGAAGGCAGUGCAUCUUGAGUCCAAACCUUUUGCCUGUAGCAUACCUGGAUGUGGCAUGAGGUUCUCAUUCAAGCAUGUGAGGGAUACACAUGAGAAAACUGGUCGCCAUGUUUAUACCCCUGGGGAUUUUGAGGAGGCUGAUGAGCAAUUCAGCUCGAGGCCAAGGGGUGGCCGAAAGAGGAAGUGCCCACCCAUAGAAUCGCUUGUGCGGAAGAGGGUAAGUGCCCCAAGUCAAACUGAUUCUAUUUUAAAUCAGGGGGCAGCAUACCUCUCAUGGAUGCUCUUGGCAGACUCGGAAGAUGAGCGGUGAAUGAUAAAAACGGAUGUUAAGUUCAUAUGGUUAUGGGUCCUACUUAGAAGUUAAUGUGAAGAAGGCAAGCCUGCAACAUAUACAGGUUUUUUGUUUUGUAUAUAAUCUAGUAUUGAUCUUGGUAUAGUAAAUAGGGCUGAAAUCUGAAAAUGAUGUAUAUUUUACCGAUGUAGUCGGUGUAGCUUUUAAGUUUUCACGUGUGCAAGUGCUUCACUUACCGGAUGAUGGAAUCGUUUUGUAAUAUGGUAUCUGUGAGAUUGAUGAUUUGGGAAUGCA